AUGCAGGCCUUCUCAGCGGUUGUAGAGGAUCUCGACAAUGAGGAGAUUCUAGAUAACAUGAAUGGCUACAUGCACGGCCCCAUGGACGGAUUCAUCAAGAAAUACUUCGGCAACUUCCCAUACGUCCACCGAGACGGCAUUCUAGAGAUCCAGACAAGUGAUAGCGGGACUAGUCGGUGUCGUGUUCCGUCAGCUGCGCCGCUACCCGAUGAUUUCCUACGAUGGUUUGCCGAGUAUGUAUCUAGCGAGCUUGAUGGCGCGCGAGGGUCGUGGCACAUAUCUGGCGGCAAUACUGCAACCGAGCAUAAGGAUGUUGAAGACGGUGCACGUCUCCUCCUAUCCAUACCUCCUUCGCCAAUUCCCAUCGUAGAAGCGAAAUGGGACCAUGUUCAGGUCGUCAGCCAGUUUUACCAUCGCCGUCACGUUUGUUACCGGGACGGACUACUACAGCUCUGUCGGUCCGCGUUUCAAGUUUUCGCUGCCCAGCCCACGCGGCUCUUCUUGCACGGGUUCUACAUACGUGGUUCAUUAAUUGAGCUCUGGGCCUUUGAUCGAUCGGGCUUAUAUUGCAGCGAAGUAUUCCAUGUUCAGAAAGAUUUCAUCCAAUUCCUCUCUGUUAUUCUUAGCUACCAGCGAAUGACGGAUGGGGAAUUGGGAAAAAGCGACAUCAUCCAGACGGACGAAGGCGGCAAUUACAUCACCCUUGAUAGUAACGGUGUAACAGUACCCUCUUUGCGAAAGCUUUAUCUCGAUAACCCGCCGAUAGCCUCUCGUGGGGGAUUAGUAGGUAACGGAACAGCCUGUUACCGGACUAGAAAGCGUGGCUCAAGCCGAUGGGAUUACGUUGUGAAAUUCAAAUGGCGCUGGGCUAGGAAACGUCCGGAAGACGAGCUUCUAAGACGGGCUAAGGAGAAAUGUGUUUGGGGUGCAAUUUCCCUUGAUUAUUACAAAGAACUUGAAAGUACCGCAGACUUGCGUUCAAGGCUCCGGUGGGGGACAAGCAAGAAAUUCUCCGAAACACCUUUUCCUCCCGAGAGGCAUGACAGCAUCGAAAAGCAGGAUGCUGAAGACGAUGUCGACGGACUGGCCCGGUACACAGAGGAUGAAGGAGUCUCCUUUAUGAAUCGUAUCCUUACAUGCGUGGUUACGUCACCCGUCGGCAGGCCUCUUCAUACUUUUCAGUCCCCAUCAGAGCUUCUUCGAGUGUUCCAUGACGCUAUCAAAUGCCAUCGAUCACUCUAUCUUGACGCCGGAAUUCUUCACCAAGAUGUAUCGGCAGGAAACUUAAUCAUCUUAGAUGACGAAGACGACACCAAGCCGAAAGGGAUCCUAAUAGACCUUGAUUCCGCAAUAGAACUCGCGGACAGAGAGGAAACGGGGUCUAACAUCGUAGGCACCAGGCUAUUCCUGGCCAUCGGCGUAAUGAAUACCGAACACCACACCUACCGGCACGAUCUAGAAUCAUUUCUUUACCUUUUCCUAUGGACGAUUAUAACGAACCGCUCAGAGCGUCUGCCGGAGACAAGUAGGCUUAGACGAUGGAGCGAUGGCGAUUGGAACGAGCUGGCGAUGCACAAGUCUCUCGAUAUGGAGCAGGAUGGUUUCGAGAGAAUUUUGGAGGAAUUUCCUCUCGAUUUCUCUCCCUUGAAGCCACUUGCCAGAGAUCUACGCCGAAUUUUGUUUCCUUUGCGGGAUGGGGUACUUUGGACGGGCACGGACGAUUCACCUGAAGCGACAGUUGGGCUCUACGAUGAAAUAAUGCAGGCAUUCGAAGAGGCCAUCGGUUCUUUGCGCUGGUGUCAGUGA